UAACCAAGAAAGGAGUCCGGGAAAGUUCAUUUGUGCCGGGAGAUCAGAAUGGCCAAGCGCGAGCUAUCCAGUACUUUAAAAAACUUGAAGAUUCUUAUGGUAGACAACGUACUCCAAGAUAGUCUUUUUAUUGGAAUUUGAGCUUAGUACAAAAACAAAAGGAAUGGAAAUAGGAUUUCAGAAGAUGCACUCGGUGGAAUUUGUAUUGUUUAUGCAAAGAGUAUCAGACAACGGAGAGGAAAAAGCCAAGGAAGCUGAAGAUGACAUGCCUGCUAUACCUUCUUUAAGUGCGCGCAAAAGAUGCAAAUGUAGCCAAUUCAGUCAGAAUUUCAUCAAAUUCAGCCGAAUUAUCUAUUUCAGCAUCACCACACUGGCUAAAAGUAUCAUAGCAUUGUCCUAUCUAUCUAGUCUUCCGCUUGGGAUGCCUGAUGUGUGGUUAUUAUGGAAGGUGAUCCUCAUCCUGGGGCAAGAAAGGGCCGGAUGUCAUUCCAAAAUUUUAACCCUGUUAUUGAUAGAAAUGGGUUUAAGUCGAGAUGCUCCUGAGAAUUCAUCAAAUUUUAACAACACAAGCACAUACAGGAGAUUACAAGAGGAAACAAGAAGCCACUGUUUCUGAUGUCCAUUUUCCGAACAAAACACAUAAAAAUGUGCAUGUUUAUGAGGGGCCAUUUUCCAGUGGCAACAACAAGUACGAGAAGCAACGAAAGUGUGAAAACUUGGAUUUGAGUGUUCUUAGGCCACCAAAGCAUCAAAAUAAAAAAGGCUAAUUCUAUUUGUUCUUGGGAAGUUUUCCCUUGACAUGCUUCUUUAUUAACCAAUUAUCAGUGCUAGACUGCUAGUGUGUUGGUAGUGCUAUAACUCUAAAACAUGUGGUGUCGUGUUGACUGUCCUCUUUUUGCUAUUUUUCCUUCACUUCAUUUGUCUUUUUCUUUUUUUGAAGCUUGAUGCUCUGCAUGCAACUUCUUCUAACCAUCAUCAGUUAUGGGGUCAUACCUUACAUCAAGAAUCAUAUUCAUAAUAUGAUUUCUUGACCGAUUAUGAUUUAUUUGGUACCAUGGUUACUUCUGAUCUACUAUUAUUAGUGUUUCCGUAAACUGAGUAUGUACUAGAGGCUUUGAUUUUCUUUCUUAUCUUCACCUCAUCUUUUUUUCUUAUAGUGAUGACUAAAUUGGGACUAAUUCUCUUCAUCUAAGCUUCUAUAACUCUGCUCUGAACUUUCUGCAGUUUCAGAAAACAAAACUAUCUUUGCUUGAUUAUUAUGCAUUUUAAAGCUGUGUCAAUCGUAAUAUAUAUGUCUGAAUUAUGUUAGGCUUAAGAAUCUUUUCCGUUUUCUGGGCUUGUAGAAGACAAAGUUAUCAACUUGCAUAUAGUGUAAUUUGAGUUCCAUGGCUUUUGGAUGUUCCAAAUGUUAGCAAUUCCUACCUUAUACGACCAUCUUAUGAUAAUUAAUUAUAUAGGAAUGUUAAUAAUGAUAAAAUUGACUUGAAUGAAUCAUAAAGAUAAUAGUAAGAAACUAAGAAUAAUAGACAUUGCUAUUCCAGAUUAAGACAAACUAUUCCACUAGUUGUUAUUAGGCUUCCAAAAGGAGAUAGCUUGCAGUACCCUUCCUUUCCAUCCUUGCAACAACCAGUUCCCAUCUUCUUCCGUGUAAAAAUUCUUAUUGUAAUCAGAUUUCACUUUCUCCCUCACACAAUUGACAAUCUCUUGAUCUAGUGGUAGUUGCUGGAGUCCAGCCCUAAGGCUUCGAGCUUGCCAGUUCUUGUAUGUCUCUGGCCUAUCGACUCUCUCCUCUCCUUCACAGGCGAUCACAUUCAGCAUAUUUCUUCCAAACACCAUUUCCUCAAACAGCCACCUGUCCUUAUCUUCACUUGGCACAGUCACAUCAAACAUGUCAAACAGUGAGGAGUAAUGAAACAGUACCUCACGGAAUCGUGAGGCAAAGAACGCGCUGUUGUAGGCCCCAUUCAUAAUCCCGUGGGUGAACAUAUCUGGAUUAAUGUUCUUGAUCAGAUUGAGCACAAUGUCCCGUGGGCUAUCAUGUGGCACCAUUAUCUCAUCUGGCACCGUUCCUAGCAUUUUCAAACAGUUGACAACCAGGAUGUCAUCAUCCCUAUCAAUAUCAAGGUCUUCCAGUGUUAUACUCUCCCAUUUCCUUGCUACAGAUUUGAACUCAAACGGGACGUUGUAUCCUUUGCAGUAGUUUUGCAGUCGCAGGCCCGUGGCAUUGGCCAGCUCUUCCGGAUGAAAACCAGGCUGCAGAAAGUCUAUCGCAGUAAUGCGAAGCACUGGAGGCCCACCGGGCCUCAUCGAGAGACCUUGGAUGAAACUUGGCCAUUGAAAACCGUACAUAAUUCCAAAAUCAAUGAUGUGCAGCCUUGUUGCUCUUGCUGCAAGCUUCAUUAUGCAUUUGUUUAACAUCAUAAUUGAUACUACGUCGAAGGGGCUUGCUUUGAUAUACAUCUGAAAAGCUUCCAAGAUAUCUGCAGCUGGGAUAUUGUUGAAAUGUUUAGAUACGUACAGUGAUGUCCCAGUUCCAUUUAAGCGUGCCUCGAGCGCAUUGGCAAGAUAGAAUGAGGUCCUUUCUAUUCCGUUUCCAUAAGGAGAAGAGUGUAGCCUUAUUUCCUUAAGAGCUUCGAUAGCCGUCUUGGUGUCAUAAAUCGCUAAUGACUUUGCACAUUGGGUGAGUAAGCCGCUGAAAUCUAUGAAUUCCUUUUCCAUUUGUGGUCUCUUCUUGCCACAUGGGGUUAUUCCUCCCGCCCUGGGUUCUGUGUUUUCUAGUUUCUUGUAGGUACAGGCAGCAGUGUUUCUGCCAACUGGAUCAAGCAAGACAUCGUAGCACAUAUCAUCCAGCGGCUCCGAUUUUCUCAAAUAACUUGCCGCCAAGUGCUUGUUCCUUUGGUUGGUUUCUGCAGAGUCAUGAUCAGAUGACAGACAUUCGUGGUUCUGUUUCCCUUUUGGAGGUGAUCGGUCCCUAUCGGUCUCCUCCACUCCUCCGUUUGCCAAAGAUAAUAAAUCAUGUUGGCCAUCAAAUGGACUCGACAAAGAGUUACUGAGAUGACUGCACUGUGAGAAUCCUUUGGGUGGGCUGUCGGUUCCGUUUAGCACAUCAGAUAAAUGUUUCUCAGUAGCUUGGAGAGCCAUGGAGUCCCAGAACAUGAAAGGCUGCUUCUCCAGGUCUUCUUCCUCCAUUAGCAUCUCGCUUAUGUAAUUUAAAGUUGCAUUUGGGUAGUCUUCUUCCUCCUGAUCUUCUGUUGUAGCAGAUUUGGGUACUGAAAAACUGCUACUAGGAUUGGCGAAUCUUUGUUCACUUACAAAUCUCGGAUCCCGUGGGGCAGAGGAGUGACUGUAGACUAAUUCAUUUGAUGAGGUAAUGAAUUCUUGGAACAAAGCCUCCAUAACGUCAACCUCCCUGGCCUCCUUAGCUUGUCACGGAGCUGAGACCUGGGUAACAAAGAGGUAAGAACUGAUACUGUGAAGAAUGGAGGAAGAGCUGCGAAUAUAAUACGUAGUGGUAAUAAUAGUUUAAUGUUGAUGGUAUUGACUAUUGACAAAAAAGAGAACCAUUCUAGAAGGCGUAUGUCCCUUGCACGUUAUCAAGUAAAAAUUGUCAAUAGCUAUUCUAGAUGUAAGGUUUGUGCAUAUUUAACCGUCAAAAUUAAUUAUUCAAAAUUGUUAGAAGUGUUAUGUUUUUUCCAAGUCCCAAAAUAAAAAUAUCAGCUCAGUUUUCA